UAAAACAAACAGUCAAUCAGUUUACUACUGUAUGACAGCUAUUAUUAUUGAACGACACAGUCAUCGGCAAUGACACUAACUAUCGGCGGCGCCAACAGUGGCCAACGCUACACAUGUUUGGCCAUCAUUUGGCUAACCAUCAUCACAAUGACCACCACCACCGUCGUCGGCGGAAGUGAUACUAUGGACUCGAGUCAAGUGAGCGAACUGAGCGCCUGCAUCAACAGCGACGGCCAGAAACGGUGCGAUCACUUAAGUUACGAUUGUCUAAACUGUCGGUUCAACUAUUCGUGUGAAUACGGCCAUAACGUGACUACCGAAUGCCGGCCGACCGAUAAUGUCCACUGUUCGGGUGACAACAACUUCAGUGUCAGCCAUUUGUGUGCAUUUUGCUAUCAAUUGCCCGAAGAUCGGUACGAAUGUACGACCAAUUCGUCGUGUAAUUACAACUAUCAAUACAAAGCCGUUUGUCACGCGCGGCCGCACGUACUCUGUCUCGGCAAACGAUCGUUUCAAAAGUACCGAAAGUGUAACUUUGUGUCGGGAUAUAAGUGGUCGACGGCACUACUGUUGAGUGUAACGCUCGGCGGCUUCGGUAUCGAUCGUUUCUAUUUGGGUCUCUGGCAGGAAGGCGUCGGCAAACUGUUCAGUUUCGGCGGACUCGGCGUCUGGACACUAAUCGAUGUCAUACUCAUAGCUACUGGUUAUCUGAAGCCGAGCGACGGAUCCGUUUAUAUAUGAUAUAAAAACAAUAUCCGCGAGAGAAAAAGAUUCUUCCGGUUAUAUAAGCGAUU